CCUCUCCCUACCAUGUUUCGUUACCUCGACGCCCUCCUCCUCCAGUGCCGCCACUUGCACGACAAACCGCCUCAACCCGACCUCAUCUGCCCCAUCUGCAGCUACGCGUGGGACAAACCACCCAUCCGAUCCACGUUCCUCCCCCUCACUCCCUGCGGCCAUUGGGUUCACUACCGGUGUCUCAUUUGGCGAGCCAGCGCCAACCACUCCGACCGAGCGAGAUGCCUAACCUGCGGCGUCGUCCUUUUCGAAUGGGAAGGCAUUUCCAUGCUCACGCUAGCCACACGAACCGGACUCCUCCCGAUCGAGAACCCGGCUCUCCAACGCAACUACUUCGACAACGACGCCAACAUGAUCGUUACCAAUACUAGGGAAGCGUACGAAGCGGACUGCGCCGUCAUCGAAAACACAAUCUAUACCUGCUUCAACGAGGAGUAUGUUCGUACGGACGUGCUGGCUGAGUUGCAUAGGCGGGAGAGGCCGAGGGCGAUGUGGUUGAAGUAUCACACUGAUGAGGGGUUGGUGCUUUGGGAGAUGCUGGUGAGUAUCAAGUUGAAGCGGUUCAUUGAGGAGAACUGUGGCUGGGUGAUGGGGACCGAUGGGUGGAAGCAAUUUGAAGAAGGG